AUGUCGGCGACUGAUUCUUCUCGUCCACCGGCGGGGGAUGCCGGCAGCACCAAAGUCCUCCCUCUCAUGACCCGCGAUGAAAUUGAGGACUUGAUUGCGCAUGGACGACAGAUUAUCAUCCACCGCGGAUAUGUCUUGAAGCUGGACGGAUGGCUGCAGUAUCACCCCGGAGGCGACAAAGCCAUCAUGCACCUGGUGGGCAGAGAUGCAACCGAUUGGGUCGACGUCAUCCACUCGUCGGAGGCAAAAGAGAGAAUGCCACGGUACCGGAUUGGCCGGAUUGAGGGUUCUUGGCUCAACUUCAGGCCGCCAAUCCAGGGCGGUGUAUUUCGAACCAUGGAAGAAAUCGAAUCGGAUCGCCGGAAGGGCAUCAACGCCAUCUCGACCGGCGAGGACAAUAGCUCCUCGAGCUCCCGAGCGCCCUCGCCCGUUUUUGAUGUCGACACAAGCGCGUUGCGGGAUCGGAAGAGUGCAUCAGGGCAUGGAGCCGCGAGGUCAGGGUCGGUCUCGUCGGCGUCGACGGCGGAUAAUGUGCCACUAGAUGGCAUGUCCUAUCUGGACGUUAUCACUCGCGAGCAUAUUCAGCUCGAUUUGGAGAAGUAUCCCGCGGUGGACGAGGCGACGCAAGCCCACGUCAUUGCCAAAUACCGCGAGUUGCACCAGAAGAUCAUCGAUGCCGGCCUCUACAAGACGAACUACGCGGCAUACGGCUGGGAGUGCUUCCGCUACUUGUCCCUGUUUGCCUUGAUGCUGAUUGCGCUCUCCUAUGGCUACUACGUGGUCAGCGCCUUGGCUCUUGGCUUUAUGUGGCAUCAGCUCGUCUUCUCUGCCCACGACGCCGGCCAUAUGGGCAUUACUCACAACUACUACAUCGAUACGUUCAUCGGCAUCUUCAUUGCCGACUUUGUGGGUGGCCUCUCGCUGGGCUGGUGGAAGCACAACCACAACGUCCACCACAUCGUGACCAAUGCUCCUGAGCACGAUCCUGAUAUCGAGCACAUGCCCCUGUUCGCCGUUUCUCAUCGCCUGCUGGGCUCUCUGCGGUCUACUUUCUAUGACCGAGUCAUGAAGUACGAUGCUGCUGCGAAGAUCCUCUUGCGUAUCCAGCCGUGGACUUACUACCCUUUCCUGGCUUUCGGUCGCUUCAACCUCUAUGUCCUCUCAUGGGACUACAUCAUCAACGGACGAGGGCCUCGAAAGGGUCAGGCGGCGGCCCUUCGUUGGCUUGAGCUGACAGGGCAGAUAUUUUUCUGGGCUUGGUUCGGUUAUGGGAUCCUGUACAAGUCGAUACCCGACAACUGGUCGCGGUUCGUGUAUGUGCUGGUGAGCCACAUUGCAUCCUCUCCCCUGCAUGUCCAGAUUGUGCUGUCGCACUUCGCCAUGAGCACCACCGAUCUGGGGCCGCAGGAGUCGUUCCCGCAGAUGAUGCUGAGGACGACCAUGGACGUCGACUGCCCUCGCUGGCUGGACUUUAUCCACGGAGGCCUGCAGUUCCAGGCGAUCCACCACCUGUUUCCGCGUCUGCCGCGCCACAACUUCCGCGAUGCGCAGAAGCUGGUCAUUGAGUUUUGCAAGGAGGUCGGCAUUCCCUACGCCUACUAUGGCUUUUCGACGGCCAAUGGGCAGGUCAUUGGCAGGCUGGCAGAGGUUGCCAGACAGGCCGCCAUUUUCUCAAAGUGCCAGGAAACAAUCACCAAGUCGAAGAAUUUUGACAUUUAG